AUGGCUGGCAGUCUGGCUGGAGAGUUCCCGGUUGAUGUGAACCAGGGAUGCGUUGGGACGUGGAUUCCCACGGGAUGCGGGGAGGACAAAUUGCUCCCUUCCCUCUUGACCUCUCUCGAGGACAUCUUUACCCACUGGCAAAAAACUCCCUCAAACUCCAGGAGAAGAAAGGUGAGUGAUGAGGAGGCAGCCAUCCCAGAGAAGAUCAGAGUUCCUGAUCCUGUGAGCAGCUCUGAGAGCUCAGAGAAAGAAGAGGAUGAGAAAGAGAAGGCGAAAGCUGCAAAUGCAGCUAGCCUUUCCCUGGCCACGAACUCGGGGGUGAAUGUAGAGAGCAGUGAAGAUGAUGACUCCUCAUCAGAAGAGGAGAGACCAGCUGGAAAAGGUGCAGUUACGGUGACACCAGCUGUGGUGAGUGGCAAGGCUGCCAACUCCCUGCAUUCUCCUAACAAACCCGCUACCCCGCCAGGCAAAGCAGCGGUUCCCUCUGCUGCAAAAAGAACUGUGGUCUCAAAUAAGCAGCAGCCCAAUGCGCCAACUGCAUCUUCAUCUCCGGCCAAGGCUGGGCAGAAACUGCCUGGUCCUGGGAAGCCUGGACAUGCUGCAACAGCCACGGCCAAAGUCGGUCAAAGCAAAGCAUCAGUAACGACCAAAGCACCGGAAAGCUCCAGCAGCAGCUCAUCAGAGAGUGAAGAGGAAAAAGAGACGCCAACUGUAAAGACCCCAGCCCCCAAAGUGGAGCUGAAGCAGGCAGCUGCGGCUGCUGCCAGCAGCAGUGAGGAAUCAAGCGAUGAGACAUCCUCUGAGGAGGAGCCUGCAACUCCAGCGGUCCAGGCAAAACCACCUGUGAAAACAGUGCAGGUUAAUGCAGCACCUGUGAAAAGUGCACCUGCUGCUCCAGUGUCUGUCAAGAAGAAUGCAGUGAGGCAAACGGCAGUGGCACCAAAUCAGGCCAAACCCACAUCCACAACGGUUCCUGGGGCUUCAAAGCCCGAUGACACAUCAGACAGCAGCGACUCAUCAGACAGUGAAGAUGAGGAACCUCCAUCAGUAACCCAGACAAAGCCAUCUCCAAAAUCCUCCCAGGCCAUCCCAUCCCCGGUGAAACCUACAACAGCAGCAUCACUCUCUGGCAAAGCAGCUCCAGCAAAACCACUUCCACUGUCCCAAGGGAAGCCAGCAUCAAAACCAGCAGCGCUAAAGCAGGCCAAAACCACACCGGGAGGGACUGCUGCUCCCACAAAGCCUGCUGAAAGUACGAAGCCAGUGGAGAGCUCUGAAUCUUCAGACAGUGAAGAGGAGGAUCUCCCUGUGCCUGUCAGCCAGAAGAGGUUAACAGAACAGCCUGUGCCUGUUCCCAACCUGAGCCAGGCUGCUCAAGCUGGGUUGCCUGUAAAAGCAGCAGGAAGCACCUUGAAAAGCCAGGCCUCAGAAAGUGGGAGUAGUGACACGUCUGACAGUGAAGAGGAGUCCCCUGCAGCACAGACACAGACUGCUUUUCCUGCAGUGAAAAUCAGCGCUGUGCCCCAAACCACAACACCAACAAACGUGAAGAAGGCACCGGCUCCUGCACCAACGCCAGCCCCUGCACCUGUAGACAGCAGUGAUGAUUCCAGCGAGGAGUCAGAUUCGGAGGAGGAAAUAGUCCCCCCUUCGCAGGCCUCCUCCCUUCCUCCUUGCCUAAAGAAAACGGUUCCUGUGGGAAAAGCUUCUCCAUCCAACACUGCCACUCUGCAGGCUGCUUCGCUCUUGGGAAGCCCCACCACCAAGUCGGGGAAGCCAGGCCUACAGCCAGCGCAGGAUGCCCGGCUGAGCCAGGCUGUGCCGCCCACCCAGGCAGAGGAGACCUCGGACAGUAGCAGUUCCUCGGACAGUGAUGAGGAAGAGACACCCAAGCAGCCCCCAAAACCUGGCUCGCUGCAGAAACCAGAAGGGACCCAGCUGGCCCACAGCUCCUCCUCAGAGUCCAGUGAGGAGGAGGAGGAGGCGGCAGUGUCGCAGUCCCUCCUUACAGGCUAUCUGGGCCUCUCCAGGACCCCAGCAGCACCCCAAACACCAAAGACGGUUCCCCCCCAGCCUGUAGUCAAAGUGAAGCAAGGGAAAGCAGCCGUGACUGCUGCAAACUCUCUCGCUAAGGCCUCCGGGAAAGCAGCCCCAGAUGACAGCUCCGGCAGUGACAGCAGUGACUCCGAUACAGACGUUGACCAGGUGGCUGCAAACCACAAAGCAGAACACAACCCCCCUCUAGGGCAGGAAGCCACGGGAGCAUCCAACAAAGAGAAGGUGGCAGGAAAAAUGGAGGCAGGUCAUGCCAGCGUCAAACCUUCCCCGGUCAAGAAAGCUCUGGCUGUGAAAGAGAAUGACAUUGGGGCAAAAGGGGUGCAAGUGACCCCAGCAUCAUCUGCACUGUUCUCUAUCCCGCAAUCAGAGGAGUCAAGCUCGGGGAGCGAAACUGAGGUAACCACUGCUGCUGAAGUACCUGCAGUGCAAACACUGAAAGGGUUGGAAGAGGAGAAGAAGAAGAAGAAAAAAGAGAAAAAAGAAAAGAAGGAAAAGAAGAAAUCUUCCUCCACGGCAGACAAGGCUGUGAAAACAUCUAAGAGCAAAGACAAAGAGAAUAAGAAGCAGAAAACAUCUCAGAAACGGAAACUGCCAGGAGAGGAUGGGGCUGUUGGGCAGCCCAAGGAGAAGAAGCAGAAAGGGCAAGCUAAUGAAGAAGUACCCAAAAAGAAAAAGAAGAAAGCAGCUGGUGAUCUGGAGAAGUUGCCAGGCAGCAAGGAAAAGAAAAAAUCAGCUAAAAAAAAAAAGACUGGAAAAGAAAAGAAGAAGAGCAAAAAGGUGUCUUCGGAAGGGGAGCCCAUAGCAGAUGGCUCUGCUGAUGUUCACAAAAAGAAGAAGAAGAAGAAGAAAACAGCUGAGCCUGAAGGAUUGUGA